CCUAGGCGGCAGCAUGGCCGCCUACAGGGCCGGGGUGCUCAUCGGGAACUGGGAGGAGGAUGCCUGCCUGGAGGAGGACCGCUUGAGGGAUUUUAUGCAUAAAAGAGAACGAGGAGAACUUUUGAUACAGAAAAUAAGCAAACUUCAAGACAAUCUUUUCAAGAAGAUACAGCUUUCGGUGUUGAAGGAUGGCUUUGUUCAUUUUGGAGACACUGUGAUGCUUCUGCACCCGGACAGCAAAUCCUGGGGGGAGCGUUGCCCUGGAGCCUGCGACAGUCUGACUCUGGCAAUUAAUCUGGAUGAAAUAUCCCUGUAUUCGGCCGAAUCGUUGCAAGCCCCUUGCGGAGUCAGCGCAGUUGAGAGCGUGGACCCCGUGGGUCGAAAUACUUUUUGUAUUUUAAGUGUUGAUGGAGGUGCAGUGGGUGAACCCAUUAGAUUUGGACAAAACUUUCGUCUUGGAACAACAGGAGGGUUUUCUGACCAAAUGUUAUAUCUAGCAAGUGACCAUAAAUCAUUCAUAAGAUUUGCUAAAAAAUCUCACCUUCAGCAAGUGUUUUUGACAGAUACGCUUUCCUAUUUGACUUGCUGGCAAGCUACCUUCUUGGAUCCUCAGCUGCGUCUUGAACAUGAAGGAUUUCCAGUUCCUGCAAACUCUAAAAUGAUUAUUACUCAUUGCCAUACUAAUCGGAGCUUAGCCGUUCCAAGGAACUUUUGGACAUGGUCUUAUUUUGGGAAAGAAUAUGAAGUAAUUUGUCACACUUAUCUGGACUCCCAUAAAGCUGAAGAAGAUAAGAAUUACUGGGUAAUAGUUACAGGGAAUCCCAGUAAUGAGGAUGGUACAAUGAUCGAUAGACCCCACCCUCACCCAAGUGGGAUCAGAAAGAAUGAGUUUUGUGAAGAGACAUAGAAUAUAAAAAUCCCAGACUACAGCUGACAGAGGUUGAUGCAAUUCCAAUUCUUGAUUUUUCUUUUCAAAUUUUAGUUUUAGACAUUUUUGUUUUAAAAAAUGGAAAUGGAAGUCUACUAUUAGUAAUAUUGCAUAAUCUCAUUAACUCAUCGAGGUUAUACAGUGGGCAAAAACUAAUAAAACUUGAUGAACUAUGCACAACAUCAAAAAUUCUUGAAUCAGGAAGGGUUCGUUUUCCCAUUUUCAUGUGCACUGAUGGCAAAAGAUGUCAGAAUCCAGGAAUUCUAAUAUAUUUUCACUAUAUUACUAGCCUUCAGAGUGCAUUUAACCAAUUCGUCCAAAACCAAACCAGUGUCACACUUUUUUAAGACGAUGAGUGUACGGUUUCCAAAACACUGAAAACCAAACUCACGCAAGCUACCAUGGGAUAUUUUGACAUUUAAAGUUCAUCUGAAAGAAAAUUGGUUGUUAGUCUUGUUCCAUGCUGUGUCUAGCACAAUGUUGCCAAUUAUUAAAAAAUCAUGAGUGACGUCUCUAUCUCAAGAUUGGCUUCAGAUUUAUGAGAAUUAAUUUUAAAAGGUAUAAAUUGAGUUUUUUACCUUUGUCCAUGUAUUCUAAACAUUUAAAUGCCAAGUAGUCAAGAAUUUGAGCACAGUGAUACAGACUAGAGACUUCUGACAGCCUUAUCCAUGGGUCACCAUGUUCCAUUUGCCUCCCGCCCUCAGAAUUUUUCAAUCCAUAAUCAUUUCUACCAAGUUUGACAGCAAGGUAAAAUUGCCAGAGAAAAUUGAGCCUCCACAAGUUUCAUGAAAAUAAAUGCCAAAGUAGAAAAAGAAUAAGAGAGACUGUGAGUUUAUCCAAUAAUAAAAAGAUUGUAGUCUAUGUUCAUACCUAAUUAGACACCAGAGAAUCCACAAGAAAAAAAAAACGGUCCAAGAAUGGUAAAAAUUUCAGCUGGAACUCACAUUUUCUUAUACAACAAAAUAAGAGCAGGAGAUGAAAAGGCAUAGAAAACAGAUGUCAUUAUUUCAUAGUUACCUGUCUUUAUAUGGAAGCUCAAACAGCACCACAGAGAAUCUUCUUAUGCGACAUUCCAUUGUAUCCAUUUAAUAAAGCUACAUGUAUACGUAUUCCAUUUCUUACUGUACCACAAGAGCGGGCUCUUUCUGCACAAAGUAAGUGAAUUGCAUGCAGGGUCUUGAAGCAGGAGACGCAUUACAGUUCUGUGACAUGCAGGUUUGCUUUGGGGGAGUGUAUCACAGAGGACAGUUUUUGAAUCAGACUUGUGUGCAAACCUUCAAAGGUCAGUUAUAGAUGAGGUAUUAUAGAGGAAAUUAGGAACUUUUCCUUUCACUUUCUACAUAAAGAUACAAAACCUGAUGUAUGGCAAAUAACGGAUGUUUUUAUAGAGGCACUGUUAUUACUCCAAUUUACAGAGAUUAAAAUUCUGCACAUUUUCACAAUUGAUUGACAUAAUUCUGCUUUUAUUUGGUAGGUAUUAAACUAGAAAAACUUAGGCUGUGUGAGUGCACAGCAGUGUUUGUAAUUUGACCGCUGUGGACAUUUAUUGGUAUUAGGGAUAGCUAUUUUGAAUCUGGCAAAGUCUCUUUCCUCUUGGUUAAAUGUAAGAAACAAGAAGACGCCUUAAACCAAAACCAUUGCUGAAACAAAGCUUCGUGUGAACUCAUGCAGGAAUGAGAACUGUGUGGGCAGAGUGCCUUGCCUGGCUAAUGUUAUGGAUAAUAGUGUUUGUGUGAGUGUGUGUGCGCAGCUGUGGGGGAGAGAAGCAACACAGGCUGUACAAACCCAAGAUUUGUAAAGUCUUAGAGAUAAACAGAUACAGAAAUGAGUCUGUAUGGACAUCAAAUGUUGGAAUUACGUGCUCAUUAAAAGUGGC